UUUUGCUUUCGAUUCUCGUUCGAUUUUCAUCUAAAACCCUAGAUUUUUCCCUCUCGAUCAAUCCCAUUCAUCAUUUGUUUGAUACUUGAUUGCUCUCUUAGAAUAUUAACUUAUGCCUGACUUUUGAAGCAGAGUGAUUCCUAGUUCCGAGCCUUGUUGCAGUUCUCUCCUGAAUGGACCAACAGAAUGAAUGGCCUGCACCAUAUAAGCAUAUCGAGAGAAAUGAUUUCGUACAUCGGAAGCAUAAGAAGCAAAAGGAGGAGGAUAUAGCUGUAUGUGUAUGCCGCUAUGAUGCUAAUGACCCUGAGAGUGCAUGUGGGGGAAGUUGCUUAAAUGUGCUGACCAGCACAGAAUGCACACCUGGCUAUUGUCCUUGUGGAAAUUUUUGUAAGAAUCAGAAAUUUCAAAAAUGUGAGUACGCAAAGUUACAAUUGUUUAAAACUGAAGGUCGUGGGUGGGGACUUCUUGCUGCUGAGGAUAUCAAGGCUGGUCAGUUUGUAAUUGAAUAUUGUGGUGAGGUGAUAUCUUGUCAGGAGGCAAAAUGGAGAGCCCAAAGAUAUGAAGUUGAAGGUUUAAAAGAUGCAUUUAUUAUCUCUCUGGAUGCAUAUGAAUCUAUUGACGCCACUAGUAAAGGAAGCCUAGCUCGAUUCAUUAAUCAUUCAUGCCAACCAAAUUGUGAAACAAGAAAGUGGAAUGUGCUGGGGGAGGUAAGAGUGGGGAUAUUUGCGAAGCAAGACAUUAACGCAGGGACAGAAUUAGCCUAUGAUUAUAAUUUUGAAUGGUAUGGUGGUGCCAAGGUUCGGUGCCUUUGUGGUGCACCCAGCUGCUCUGGUUUUCUUGGGGCUAAAUCACGUGGUUUUCAGGAAGCAACUUAUCUAUGGGAAGAUGGUGACACCAGGUACUCUAUUGAGAAUGUUCCGGUUUAUGAUUCUGAGGAAGAUGAACCAGCAACAAAGAUCCUCAAGGCAAUUGUCCCUGUGAAGGACGAGAUGAUUGCUGAUGAUGGGAGCAGUUACCUUUUAGGAGUUGAUGGCAUGGAACCCAUCUUGUUCCCUCACUCCCAACCAAUAUCAGUGGAACCACUGAACUCUCUCCCAAUGGAAAUCGACGGAUUGAAGAAUGAAAUACCAGGAGAAGAUAACAAUUACUCAGAAGAUGCACAUCAGAGACUUACUCAAAAGAGUACAAUGAUAUCUCGUAUCCGGAGCAAUAGUGCUUGCAGAAACUAUCACAUAGAUUCAAGCCCAACCAAAAACUCAGCAUUCUACCCCAGUGCUAAAUCUAAAACCAACGUUCGUAGGCAAGUGAAUAUCAAAUCUGUAACUGAUCGCCUUGCUUCAGAAGAUGCUUGUCAGGAAAUUUUCACUUGUGAGGAAUCAAGGAACCUGGCCGCAUCUCAGCUUGAUGCUUUGUAUGAUGAGAUCAGGCCGGCCAUUGAAGAGCACGAGAGGGACACUCAAGAUAGUGUUCCCACAAGUGUUGCAGAGAAAUGGAUUGAGGCCAGCUGCAAUAAACUGAAGGCGGAGUUUGACCUCUACUCGUCCAUCAUCAAGAACAUUACCUGCACACCACGAAGAGCUCAAAAUAAUAUGGGACCAGAAGGUGUUGCUACUGAAAAUGGAAUCAAACUCUUGGAAAAUGGAACAGUGAAAUCUGAGAUGCAGGGUGUUGUGUCAUUGAAUGGCUCAACAUUUUAAUUGGGAAGAUUUUGUGUACACAGCUUGUUUCAAGAAUGACCCCCGCUUGACUUUUGUAUUUAUUAUUGCAACAGUCUUCUUGGGCAGUGUUUGAGAGAAAAUUUUCUCCAGUUUUAAA